UUCAUCUCCAUCAAUCGCUCCACCUCCACCUCUUUCAGGAAGCAAAGGAUGGAGGGAAACCCUAUCCACUUCGGAAUAAUCGGAUGCGCCGAGAUAUCGAGGAAGGUGUCGAGGGCCAUGUCUCUCGCUCCCAGCGCCACCCUCUCCGCCAUCGGGAGCCGUUCGAUUGACAAGGCCAAGAGAUUUGCGGUCGAGAACGGCCUGCCGGAGGCCGUCAAUGUGUACGGCAGCUACGAGGAGGUCCUGGAUGACCCCACCGUGGAGGCCGUUUACGUGCCGCUCCCUACCAGCAUGCACGUGCAGUGGGCCGUGGCGGUAGCAGAGAGGAAGAAGCACGUGUUACUGGAGAAGCCCACGGCCCUGAACGUGGCCGAUCUGGACCGUAUAUUGGAAGCAUGCGAGUCGAACGGCGUGCAGUUCAUGGACGGCACCAUGUGGGUCCACCAUCCCCGGACCCAUAAGAUGAAGGAGUUGCUAUCUGAUCCCAAUCGCUUCGGAGAGCUUCGAUCGGUUCACAGCGAUUUCGCGUACUGCGGCGAUGCACAGUUUCUUGAGAAUGACAUCCGUGUGAAGCCAGAUCUCGAUGGUCUUGGGGCCCUUGGUGACACAGGGUGGUAUUGCAUCCGUUCGAUCUUGUGGGCCAACGAUUACGAACUGCCCAAGACUGUAACUGCACUGCAAGGAACCUACUUCAACAAAGCAGGGGUAAUCCUGUCAUGUGGGGCAUCGAUGGUGUGGGAAGAUGGAAAGGUAGCAACGUUCCACUGUGGGCUCCGUAUCAAUUUGGUUAUGGAUGUAACUGUUCAUGGAUCGAACGGUACACUUCAUCUGAAUGAUUUCGUCAUCCCUUUCAAGGAAACAUCUGCGCCAUUCACGUUCGGAACCAAAAAUGGAUGGGCAGAGCUAUCGUUGGGUUGGAGGCCAUUACCUAGUGAACAUGUUGUAGAAACCGAUUUGCCUCAGGAGGCCUACAUGGUUGAGGAAUUUGUUAGGUUGGUGAAAUCUAUUAAAGACAGUGGCUCGAAACCAGAUAGCAAAUGGCCCACCAUCAGUAGAAAAACUCAGCUGGUAAUCGAUGCUGUGAAGGCAUCAAUCGAUAAGGGUUGUGAGCCUAUCAACGUUGUGAGUUAAUCCAAGGCCCAUUUAUCGGUUAAUAUUCAUGGUGAACUGCGCUACUGCUGCUGCUGCUGUUGUUGUUUGUAAUGGCAGGUGUCAACAAUAUUUCUACCUACUACUGCUGUUGUUGUCUGUUAUGGCAGGUGUGAACAUUUCUACCUAUUAAUGCUGCUGUGUUCUUGUUUGUUAUGGCAGGUGUGAACAUUUCUAUGCAAUAUUGGGCCGUUAAAUUCUCAAUAGCAUGUUUUAAGCUUGUUCAAUAGAUUUUGCUCUGGGUCUUAUUUCUG